AUGGCGUCCUCAACAUAUUCUGUCGCUUUAGAUGUAGACGAGCCUUUGAAACCCUUCGUUCCGCUCAAUGAAACUCCAGAGGAAAAGAAGAAACGCGUGCAACUGGAAAAACAAGCAAAAAAACAUAGCGAUGCUAUAGACAAACAAUUAAAGGCUGAAAAGGAAGAAAUGGAAAAACAGAGAGAUAGUAAAUUGUUAUUAUUAGGUUCCUCAGAAAGUGGUAAAACAACAGUCCUUAAACAAUUAAAAAUUAUUCAUGGGAAAGGUCUUGAGGGGGAACGACGACAGUAUCGAAGAAUAGUUUACAUUAAUGCACUCACCGCUAUGAAGGCACUUGUAAAUGCCCUACCAGAUCUUGGUUAUACACCCGAUCCCAGUAACUUACAGCACCUCGAAAAAUUUAACAAUCUAACAGCGAUAAAGGAUUCACUGAACUGCAAUUCUUUUACUGUUCAAGCUGCCAUCCGCGAUAAAAAAUUGGAUGAUGAUGUUUUUGAUAUAUUUCACGAGCAUGUUGAUUCUAUCAAAUCUUUGUGGCUAGAUCCAGCCAUUAAGCAAUGCUUUGAUUCUGCCAGCGAAAUUGGGCUGCAAGAUUCUGCAAAGUAUAUUAAUCGUUUUGGUAAAACCGACUACUUACCAACUGACGAAGACAUUCUUCAAGCUCGAAUAAGGACUGUUGGUGUUACUGAACACCAAUUUGACAUCGAUCGAGUCACGUACAAGAUUUAUGAUGUUGGCGGUCAUCGGUCUCAACGUCAUUUCUGGGCGCCCUAUUUUGAUGACGUAAAUGCUAUUAUCUUCAUGGCUGCGGUAUCUGCAUUUGAUCAAACGCUCGAAGAGGAUCCCGAGAUUGACAUCCUGAAGCAAAAAUUGGCUACCGUUAGAGUGAAAGAUUACUUUCCCGAAUACGAUG